AUGCAUACCAAAACGCGAUUGCGCAAGGCAUGUGAUGCGUGUAGUAUUCGAAAAGUGAAGUGCGAUAUCAGUGGGCCACCAUGUCGAUCAUGCGUCUUGGUGGGCAUCCAGUGUACUUCUAUGAGGCCAAGCAGGAGAAGAGGACCUUCAAAUCGUCAUGCUGAAAGUUUGAAGAAGCAAAAGCUUCAAGCCCAGUCGGAUAAGUCACCGCUUAGCCUAUCUGCACAUCCAUUGCCAAGCACUCCUCAAUCGUGUGCAGCGUUUACUCAUUUGCCAACGACAACUAUUCCCGCUUCUGCGGAAGCCAUAUGUUCAUUGCAUACGGUACAGCUGCUUCUUGACGAUUUCUUCUUUUACAUUCAUCCCUUGGUUCCUGUUCCCCAUGAACCUACUUUCCGCGCUGCCUUUGAACGCCGCGACGAUACCACUAGCGGCACUUUCUUAGCCCUCUUGGCUUCCAUGAUAGGAUUUCUAGUGGCUUCCUUUCCCCGACGGCCCAAACUACGGCUCAACACUAAGACUGAACGUUCUGCAUUCCCGAACUCUAUAGCAUUGGUAAAGCAUUGCCAUAAUGUUGCCAUCCAAGCUCGAGGCAUUGGGUACCUUGAACGCAAUGUGACAGUCUACGAUGCGGCCACCAGUUAUUUUUUAGGGGCAUGCUCCGGCUACGUUCAAAAUUUACACCGAUGCCAUGUUUAUUUGGCGGAAUGUCUCGCGAUGAUUCAGGUAUAUGACCUCUGUCAUUCUCCUACAGCUCUGCCUUCUACGCCCGGAAGAAACGCCACGACUUCAAUAUCCUUGAAAUCAGGAAUAAAGUUUGAUUGGCCGGCCCGGAAUAUCACAGACAACAGUGAGAUCGAUCUUAUAACGCAGGAGUUGGGCCGUCGGCUGUUCUAUGUCACCUUGGUUGAAUAUCAACAUCUGCAUCAAAUGGGCUCUUCCACUACCAAGGUUCAUAUACCUACGGAAAUUGACCGGUAUCCACCGCUCCCACUAGAGAUUGACGACGAGUUCCUCUUCUCCACCAAUGUCGGCGCUCAGCCUGCAGAGCGGGUAUCACGACUUGUCGCUUUCAACGCAAAUGUCCGCGUGUACGGCUCGAACAAUGCCUUGUUGGCUUGGGAGGUUGCAUUUGGCAGUGGCCAAACCUUUGACUGGGAGCAUCAGCGCCUCGGCCUAUGGGAAUGUCUACAAAAGGCGAAGUCUGCACUUUCAAAUGUUCCUGCCGAAUUGUCUCUCUUCCACCCGAAGGGAAACUCCGCGGCUGAGUUUUCCGGAUUGAACGAGGAUGGCUCGAUAUUCGACUACCCCAACGAACAUAGCCAUCAGGAACGGCGCGCAAUCCAGUAUCAGAUCCAAAAAGCCAACAUCUAUGUCAGCCAACUCUGCACAAGGUCCUACCUUGUUGAAAAAUACUGGGAUCUCUUUGAUACAUUCACUAGAUAUGGGAAAUUGGCAAAAACAUCCACCCCGGCACUUGCCACGUCGCACAUGAAUGCCGGGCCCUCAUCAGAGGCGCCUGUAGAGCCCUCCUCAUUAGCGAGCCCGAUUAUCUCCUCUCAGGCUCUAACACACGUGCACACAGACGCCAUUGGCCACGCGAUGGCUGAGGAGCGCAAACUGGUCAUCAGGGAGUUGUACAUCCUCCUGCGAACCGUCAAACAGGAGAACAUGGAGCCCAACGGUGGCAGCAUCACAACCAAAAUCCGCCAAGUAGCAUCCACCCUCCUCAACCAAUCAACAACCUCCAUCCCAACCGAACACCCAUUUGCCAUUCCCAGAGCGGGAUUUUUUGAUCCAGGUCCAAACACCUCAAAACUCCUAGUCCUCACGGCCGAUGAAGCGAGAUUCUAUCUCCACAGCUUCAUCGAUACCCUGAUCCGCCUUGACGGCCACGCUUCCGCAGCCACAGAUCCGGGCAGUGGAAACGAGGCGUGA